AUGACUGAUCAUACCAAGCCAGUAAAAGGAUCAGAUACUUCAGGUGGUUCAAAGCCCAUUUUAGGUGAUUUCCUUGUUAUUGCUGGGACAUUUUUCUUUGCCUUUAGCAAUGUUGGUGAGGAAUUUUGCGUUAAGAAAAAAGGUCGUGUUGAAGUAGUGACAAUGCUCGGUAUUUAUGGAUUCCUAGUGAGUGUAAUUGAGCUGUAUCCUUUCCAACGAUCUAUAUUUGAGCUAAAGAGUUUGGAGGCAAUCCAUUGGUCUAAAGAUAUUAUACUCGCAAUUGCCGGCUAUACUUUAUCAAUGUUUUUAUUCUAUUCUGUUGUUCCUUUGGUUCUAAAGUUAAGUGGAGCCACAAUGUUCAACCUAUCCAUUCUCACAUCUGAUAUGUGGGCUGUUGUUAUACGUGUAUUUUUCUAUCACCAAAAGGUUGAUUGGUUAUACUUUCUUGCUUUUGCAAUUGUAGCCGUUGGAUUAAUCAUUUACUCAACAACAGGGGAGAUUGAGGAUUCUACACCAACUCUGCCGGACAGAAAUUCCAAUGCCCAAUACCAAGUUCUUGAUGAAAAUGCAGCAUCGGAAGUGAGGUUAUAG